AUGGAAAAUUUUCCAGUAAUUCCUAAUGGUUCCACUUUUAGUACCUCAAUACCUAAUAAUAAUGAAGCAGUAGUAACUUCCAGUACCUUAAUGCCUAAUAAUAACAAAGCAGUAGUAACUUCCAGUACCUUAACACCUAAUAAUAAUGAAGCAGUAGUAACUUCCAGUACCUUAACAUCUAAUAAUAACAAAGCAGUAGUAAUUGGUAAUACAUAUAAUACUAGAGAGAAUUGGAUAGAAAUAACAGGAUCCUGGGUUAGUGAUAAUUGGAGAAUAGUUAAUAUUGUUCUAAGUUUUCAAAAAUUAGAACAAACAGUGAAAGAAAUAACAUCAGUAAUAAUGAGCACAUUAAAAAAUUACUCUAUUGAAAAUAAAAUAUUGGCACUUACUAUGAAUAACACUGCUACUAAUAAAGCAGUAAGUCGCUUGCUCCAAAAUGAGUUAUCUGAUAAAGAAUUAAUAUCAAUAGGGUUUGAAAGAAUCAGUAUAUUACAUAAAAAGGUUUAUAAAAUCAUGAAAUUCUUGGCUAAUCCUCUAGCUAGUAAUAGGUUAGAAGUAUUAGAAUCAUACUGUAGAAUUUCCGGAAUAAGGUUUUUAAAGCCUAUUCUUGAAAUUAAUACACGUUGGAAUUUCAUGCUAGCAAUGUUCGAGAGAUACCUUUAUUUGCAUCUGGCAAUUCAAGAGAUGAGCUUUAAAGAACCAUCAAUACCCACUUGCUUAGACGAUGAAAGCUUGACAGUUCUCAAGUCCUUUCGUCAGCUCCUUAAACCAUUUGAAAUUGCCAUAUCAUUGGAUCACUUGAAAGCAACACUAAUUGAAGUCAGUGGUUAUAAUGAUUGUGAUGCAGAAAUAGUUGUCAAUGAUAUUCACAAAAAACUUAUUACAUAUAGAGCAAAAUAUUCUAGCACAAAUACAAUAGAAUUUGAGUUAGAACUGUAUGAAAGUGAACUUCCUGAAGACUUAGAUGAUAGUAAUGAAAUAGAAAAAAAUAAUAAGAUAAAACUCUGA